CCUAACAGGAGAAACAUGGGGGUGAAGCUUGAGGUGUUUCAGAUGACCAUCUACCUCACCUUCCCUGUGGCUAUGUUCUGGAUUGCCAAUCAGGCCGAGUGGUUUGAGGACUAUGUCAUACAGCGCAAGAGGGAGCUGUGGCCCCCUGAGAAGGAGGACCAGCGCCGAGAGCUAGAAGAAUUCAAAGAGAGGAUACGGAAGCAGCGGGAGGAGAGACUCCUUCAUGCUGCCCAGCAGAGCCCCUGAGGCCUCCACGAGCCGGAAUUCCAGUCCUCCCCACAGAAUAACACACACACGGUUCUUUGUUGCUCAAAAAAAAAAAAAAAA